CGCGCUGGACCCGGCGGGGCUGGCCGCGCACCAGGCCUCCGAGCACCCGGUGUGCGAGUACUGCGAGCUGCCCUUCUACGGGCGCGACGAGCUGUACGCGCACAUGACGCAGCGGCACUUCACCUGCCACGUGUGCUCGCGGCUGGGGCGGCACCACCUGUACUUCCCGCAUGCGCGCGCGCUGCAGGCCCACCUGUGUGACUCCCACCACGCCUGCGAGCACCCCGACUGCGCGGACUGCAUGAUCGCCUUCGCCACCCGCGAGGAGCUCAACAGCCACAUCCGGGACAGGCACUCGGCGUACAUGCCGCGCUGGGACCAGUCCAGGGCCCGGCCGCUACUACUGGACUUCAUC